AUGUAUAAAUUAAUAUCUAAUUUUGCUAAAAAUUUAUCCACUCAAGUCCCCAUUUAUUCAUAUCAUUUUCCUAAUGGUUCAGUUUAUAAUAAUCCAGCAGUUACAGCAAAAAGGAUCAUAAAAGUAGUUGGAGAACGAUUGAGAAAGAUUGAUCCAGAAAGAUGGGAAUCAACUCCAAUCACAUUUAAUACUAAUUGGAAUGAUGCAGCUGGUUAUGUUGAUGUUGCAACUUGCAUCCACAUUCAUGACGCUUUAGAAAAAGAAUUUGGAAUCGAAAUUAAAGACAGAGCAUUUCUUGUCUCAAGCAUCGAAACAGCGUUUUAUAUCGUUAAUAUUCAUCACGAUAGUCAUUGAGAACAAUAAGCUAAUGAAAAUAAUAAUAAAUAUUAUAAAUAAUAGUAUUAGAAUUUGAAUAAAAAAA